AUGGCUUACCUAGCACGUAACCAAAAGGCUUACCUACCACUUAACCAAGCAUGUGACCUACUCGCUGCUUUGUCAACUCCCUCCCCGCCCCCAUCCUCCGACCAUCUGCCCCUUCCCAAGACCGUCAGGGAAAUGCUCCACUGGAUGGUUGGGAUGACUCAAUAUAGGUAUGUUGAGAAGAUUAAGGAGCGUGUUGCAGGCAUUUUAAAGGAGCUUAACCAGGAUUGCUCUCAGACUAAUAAUUCAAUCUAUGUAACAAAGGAACCGUACAGCCUGACCGCUUCCCAUGUCUCCAACACUCUGACACAGGCGUGUCACUACGCAGCCAACUUUCUCCACAAUAUUAGGUAUAAGGAUUCCAAAAAUGGCUCGUCAACCCCCGACUUCAGCUCAGAAUAUUCCAAGUUGCGUUAUACCUCCGACCCCGCCCGCCUCCUCUGCCAGCUGCGGGAUUACGUCUAUGCCGCCCACCACCAGUUGGCGUUCCUGAAAUCGCAGUGUUCUCGAGUCUCCCAGCACGGAGGUUGGAAGAAUCAUGACUAUGGCCAUGGUGUGUCUCCCCAAAAGUCCCCCCUCCAGGCCUUCCUGACUGACGCCCCCGACUCCAAGUUCGAGACACAUCCCUUCGACCCGUGCGACAUCUGCCGCAAGACCCGCGUCAACAUGGGAUUCAAGAGGGAGGAUUUGCCUGCAUCUCAGCAAACUGGCAACAUACUCAACGACAUCCUCACUCCCACCUGCGGCGGCGAUGAUCCCCUGCUGAGAUUGGCCUCCUACCUCACCUGCCUCACCAGGCGGACGCCGCGCACCACCGGGGAGCUUGUCUCGUUCUUCCACCAUUUCGGAAAUGCACUGCAACAAUCAUCUCCACUGGGCUCCGCCCUCUCCGAGCCACAUCCUCACUGCCCCGGCUGGGACGCUCUUGCUGCCGACGACCUCAAUGCCAUCCAGUACAUCCGGGGCCCCGCCCCUCCCACCGCCAACCACGACAAAGGCCAUUCCAGGACCCUGUCCACACUGGUUGGCUGCGACAUAACCAAUGCGCAGUGCCCACCUCAUAUUUCGUCCACCACCUACCGGGCCUACGCCCUGUACUCUUCCAGCUUCGUCCACGACUACCUCAGCUGGACGGUGUAUCUACCAGACAGACUGUGGGAGUCACUGCUCAAGAUGCAAGAUGAUCUCGAGGACCUUCAAUGUCACGACUCCAAGCCCCUCCACCAGUGUGACAAGGCCCUGCCGCUCCUCUACAAGCACGGCAUCACCCCGCCAGACGGGACACUGCCGCCUUCACUCACGUGUUCCAAGCUCAUCACCAAGCUGGAGGAAGUGGUCAAGGGAAAGCCUAUCGCAGGCCUCAUGACCGCCAUGGACAAUUUCCUCUACCGCAUCCGGGAGCCCUUCCUCUUCACCAUCGUCGCACUCUGGCUCACCGCCACGCUCUACAUCCUCCACUCACUCCUCUACCGCAUCGACGUCCUACGCAUCCGCUCGCACCUCCUCACCACCAGGGCCUCCCACCUCAUCGACGUCAAGGCGCUGCUCGCCGGCAGCCGCAGGAUGCUCUCACUCUACAAGGACGUCGAUUACUUCGACGACGACUUUCACUCAUCAUAG